ACUACACCCAUCAUGCCAAUUUAGUUCAGCGAUGAGAUUGAACGUUCUAGCACAGUUUCUAAUACUUUCAGAAUAGAAACGACUGGACAGCAUUACAAAACAGAAAAAGCCAACACAUUUUUAUUAAAAUGCUUUGGUUUGAAGGCUCUAUUCCAGCAGCCAUCAUCUCAGCCAAAGAACAGAGCUCCAUCUUCGUCGUCGUAAUAACAGGCGACGAUGAGGUGUCAGCACAAAUGAUGUCCAGUUGGGAGGACGACGGAGUGGCCGAGGUCUCCCAUAACUGCUGUGUCGCAAUCAAGGUGGAUGCCAAGAGCGAGACAUGCUCUCAGUUUUCUCAAAUCUACCCGGUGGUGUGCAUCCCGUCCAGUUUCUUUAUUGGAGAGAAUGGAAUCCCCCUGGAAGUUGUUGCCGGGAGUGUCUCUGCAGAGGAACUCACGAAAAGAAUCGACAAAGUCAAACAGAUGCACGCCCAGCAGAUAGCAAGCGAGGGUGUGGAAGCAGGGACUCCCGUGGAGGCUUGCCCACCAGCCGUGGUAGCCUCAGAGCCAGCCCCGGCACAGCCCCCCUCACCCCCACUGGAGCUCCAGCCCAGCCACGCACCACCUGCAGCGCCAGCCACAUCUAAAGAAUCCCUGUCCAGGCCAGCAGAGGAAGGCGGAGCAUCAGCCUCAGUGGUCGUCACCCCCGGGGAAGACGGGAGCUCAUCGUCAGACGACGCAUCAACCAGCUCUCAGCCUGACAGGGUCCUUGAUGCUAAGGUGGAGAGGUUAACAAAGAAACUGGAGGAGAGACGGGAUCAGAAAAAGAAAGAGGAGGAGGGUGAAAUAAAGGAGAUGGAGAGAAGGAAGAUGGGGAAGGAGAUGCUGGACUUCAAGAGGAAGAACGAGGAUGAGAAGACCAAGCGCAUUAUGGAUGAGAGGAGCAGAGAGAAGGCAGAAGAGAAGGCUGCCAGGGAGCGUGUCAAAGCACAGAUCGCCCUGGACCGUGCUGACAGAGCUGCCCGCUAUGCCAAUAACCAGGAGGAGGUGGAGGUAGCGCGGCUGGCAGCACUGCAGGCCAGACAAGCAGAGGCGGAAGCCAAGAAGGAGAUCGUACACAGGGAGAGGAGCGCCAUAGCAAGAAUACAGUUCCGUCUCCCAGAUGGUUCUUUCUUCACCAGGCAGUUCUCCUCAGAGGCCAAACUGAAUGAGGCUCGGCAGUUUGCUGUCAAUGAAGUGGGAAAUCGCUAUGGCAACUUCUCCCUGGCGACUAUGUUCCCUCGCAGGGAGUUUACGGCUGACGACCUGGGUAAGACUCUACUGGAGUUGGAGCUGGCUCCCGGUGCCUCCAUAGUCCUGCUGCCUCAAACAGGACGGCCCAAUAACACGGUGGUGCAGUCUGGAGGGGGUAUCUGGGCUGUGUUGGGUACCAUCCUCUACCCCCUGCUGGCUGUGUGGAGGUUCCUGAGUGGCUUCCUCUUCACCAGCCCCGCCACCCCCAGAGCAGCAGGCCCCAGAGGCCCAGCCCAGCAGCCCAACACUAACUCAGGCUCUGGUUCCUCCUCAUCUGCUGAACCGAAGAGAGAAACCCUUCGCAAACGCACACUGGAGAAGCAACCAGUAGACUUCAAACGAGACGGUAAAAUCCACAGGCUACGGAAUCACCAGGACAGUGAGGAUGAGAAUAACACUUGGAACGGCAACUCUACCCAGCAGAUGUAGUGCAAUAACACUGUUCCCCCCCCCCCCUUCCUUCCCUCCUGCUAAUAGGGCUGUUUGUUUUAUGUUUAUCUAGUCUAAGCCUGUACUGUCUCCCCCCCCCUCUUCCUUCCCUCCUGCUAAUAGGGCUGUUUGUUUUAUGUUUAUCUUGUCUAAGCCUGUACUCUCUCUCCCCCCCCUCUUCCUUCCCUCCUGCUAAUAAUAGGGCUGUAUGUUUUAUGUUUAUCUUGUCUAAGCCUGUACUCUGCUCCUCCCCUGCAUGGGUAGAUGUAAUCAAGUUUUACCUCCCGACCGUUGGGCUUGAACAGAGAAGACCCCCUUUGUGUUGAAACUGUUACUUGAUUCAUUCAGCCUCCUUACAGAAUACAACCAGCCGGGGGGACCGUCAGUAUCCUGACAUGUCUACUGUAUGAUGAAGGGCUGAGACAGGUGUUGAUUGAUGGCCUUGUCUAAAUGAGAACUUUUGUGUUUAAUUUAACAUUUAACAUUCAAUAACCAGAUAAAAUGGUGUUUAAUGCUGUAUGAUAUGAGGCCUGUGUGUGUAGCAGUAUUUAAUCAAGGCUGUGACCCCUUGGUAUAGACUACCUCCCUCGGCAGUAGAAUGUGCUUCUACUACUAGUUGAACAUGGGAAACCACUGUACUGCUCUCAUUUAACUAUGGGAAUAAAAAUGUUUUCCAAUAAACAAUCAUUUGGCUUGCUCUAUAAUUCUGUUAAAUCAAGCCUUACCAUAAUACUUUUUGUUGGUUUGUUUGCAAUGUCAUCUAAUGAGCUGUGAAUAACAGUGACUCAAUCAGAUCUUUAUUGGUUACAGAUGUGCAAAAUACAAUUGAUUUGAGAUUCUUGCUUUCGCAGCAGUGCUUUAUAAAAUGGUAAUUAUAACC